UUUGCGUGACAUCAUAACCGCGCGACGCCAUACUUGACCCACCGUCGGAAUCGGAUAUCGUUUAGUGUGGCGUUUCAUUGAGAUCAGACAGAUUCAGAACACAAGGAAACAGAGAUGGCAGACAAUCAGGAAAUGUCUCCUCUGGAGAAGAAAGUGGCAGAACAGAUUGAGUACUAUUUCGGUGACCACAAUCUCCCCCGAGACAAGUUUCUGAAGGAGCAGAUGCAGUUAGAUGACGGCUGGGUCACUCUGGAGACAAUGCUGAAAUUUAAUAGAUUAAAGACUCUCACGUCAGAAGCAGCCUUCAUUGUGGAGGCGCUACAGAAAUCUAAAAGUGGUCUGCUGGAGAUCAGCGAAGACAAAACUAAAAUAAGGCGAAACCCGAGCAAACCUAUUCCAGAGUACAGUGAGGAAUACAAGGACGCGCUCAAACACAAAUCCAUCUACAUGAAAGGUUUUCCUCUUGAAACUACACUGGAUGAGGUGAAAGAGUGGUUCGCUGAUAAAGGAACAGUCGAGAACAUUUACAUGAGGAAAGGACCCCUGAAGACUUUCAAAGGAUCAAUCUUUGCGGUUCUGGAAUCUGAAGAGGCCGCCAAAGCUUUUGUCGAACGUGCCGACGUCAAAGAGUACAAGGGGAACGAGAUGAUCGUUAUGAUGAAAGAGGCCUACUUUACUAAAAAGAUCUCAGAGAGGAAGCAAAAUCGAUCGGAAGCAAAAGCUAAAGCAAAAUGUGAUAAGGAGGACAAGCAGAAACAAGCUGAAGAAGAAGAGCUGAAAUCCCUGAAUGAUCAGAGAGGCUGUCUGCUGAAGUUCUCCGGUGAAUUGGGUCAGACCUCGAGAGAAGAUUUCCACACGGUCUUUUCUGAUCAUGCCCAAAUUAAAUGGAUUGAUUUCACCAGAGGAGCAAAAGAGGGCACCAUCCUGUUUCACUCAAACGCCAAGGAUGCCCUGCAGAAAGUCCGCGAGGCUAAGGCAGGAGAGGAUCCGAAGGUGAAAGACCAUGUUGUUCAGUGGGAGGUACUUGAGGGAGACACCGAGAUGGAGAUGCUGAAGAAAAUCAUUGAGGAUCAGCAGGAGUCCAUUAACAGACGCAAACAAGGCAGAGGAGGUCACAGGGGUCGUGGAAGAGGCAGGGGAGGCCGCAGAGACCGAGGAGGACGAGAACAGACCCAGUUCAGGGGAAAGAAGACCAAGUUUGAUAGUGACGAUGAGGGAGAUGAAGCACCCGCCAGUCCAAAGAAGAGACCCCUUGAUUCGAAUGGACAAGAUAAUGGAGCACCAGUUUCCAAACAAGCAAAAAGCGAGAACGGUUCUUAAGGGGGAAAGAGCCGUGGCCUUAAUUUUGUACUGUAGCUUUUCCCUAAAUUCAAGAGAUCUGGAAAAUGUAUUCUCAGACUACUUCCUGUGUCAAAGGCUAAAAGCUGCACAAAAGCUUUCCGCCAUACUUUAACCCUAAACUCUUCAUGAAAAAGGCAUCAUGCAUCAAAUUUCUAUGGAAUUGUUUUCUUUGAACAAACAUCCUGGAUGCCAUUUAUUUAUUUGCCAUAUACACACUUAUGAUUGUUGGUAUGAUUUAAGAUCUCAUAUGCAGCUUUAUAAAUGUGGCGUUUUCAAAAUCUGCUCAGCUUGUUCAACACAGUUUGCUGGUAACGCUUGUGUAACUAUUGACAUCUUUAUGUGUUCUUUCAUUCCUAGAGCGGUGACAGUCUGAUUACUCUGUACCGAUUAGUUUUUCAUUAUUGGUUCUGACUGCAUUUGUAUGCAAUAGUGAAUUAUUUUUAGAAAUGUUU